CGGCACAGGAAAUGGCUAACGCGAUGCCCUCCCAGCUUGAGCAAUGGUGCAACUUGACGGACAAAGUGGUCCUCAUCACGGGCGCAUCGUCAGGUUUAGGCCUAGACUUCUGUCUCGACCUAGCGAAAGCCGGGUGCAGGAUAGUGGCUGCUGCUAGGCGUAUCGAUCGCCUGCAAUCUUUGUGCAAUGAGAUCAAUAAUCUCCCCUUCCCAACCCCUCAAUCUUCUUCAUCCUCUUCAGGGGAGCCUAGCAAUCGUCUGCGUGCUGUGGCCGUUGAGCUGGACGUAUCAGCAGGUGGUGCUGCCAUUGACCAAGCUGUACAGAAGGCUUGGGAGUCGUUCGGGACGAUAGAUGCCUUGAUCAACAAUGCAGGCGUGAGAGGGAGUGUAAAGAAUCCGUUGGACUUGACUGAAGAGGAAUGGGAUCAUGUGAUCAAGACGAAUUUGACGGGGACUUGGUUGGUUUCUAAGUCGGUUGGCAUAAGGAUGCGUGAUGCCAAGGUUGGAGGUUCCAUAAUCAACAUUUCAUCGGUUGCUGGUCUCCACCGCGGUCAAUUGCCUGGUGCUGUUGGAUAUGCUUCUUCAAAGACGGGAGUUAAUGCCAUGACUAAGGUGAUGGCGCUGGAGUUGGGGGUGUACAAGAUCAGGGUUAACUCAAUAUCGCCUGGAAUUUUCAAGUCUGAGAUCACGAAAGGUUUGAUGGAGAAAGAAUGGCUGACUCGGGUUGCUGAGAAAACACUCCCUCUACAAACCUACGGAACUACAGAUCCGGCAUUGACAUCGCUCAUUCGAUACCUCCUCCACGAUUCGUCUCAGUAUGUGACUGGCAAUAUCUUCAUUGUGGAUGCUGGAGCCACCUUGCCAGGGGUCCCUCUUUUCUCUUCACUUUGAGAGAAAGCUUGCAUGUAUGUAUCAUAGUAGUAAAUCAUAUUCUGGUAUCGUUGUUAGUCUGGGUUGGUUUCGGAUUUGGGAUCGAACUCUGUGUUCCAUAAAUUGCCAACAUUUGGAGCUCCUUCUAAUUACUCCUUACUUUAUUACAUUAUUCUUACAGUGGGUGAUGGGCUACUCCCCAGUCUCCACAACUUGCUUCCCGUUACAUACAAACUCAGAACGUCAGCCGCUGGCAUCUAAGCUGCAGCUCUCAUUUUCGCCUCUAAGCGACAGCUCUGAAGGACUGAGACCUUGAGCUGGCCAGGUGAGUCUCCUGGCGGUUGAACUUCAACCUCCUGGCCUCCUCCGGAGAUACCCUCCAUGCGUUGGCCAAAACAUCAGCCGGGAUAGCCCUGAUGGCAGAGGUUCGUCCUGCGAUCGAGUUGACCAUGGCGUUGUCGUUGGUCUUGAAAGACACCCACUCGAACCUGUCGCUCUCGCAGCGCUUCACCACCGCGAAGUUCUGGGGCACCGUCAGCACCUGUCCCUCGCGCAGCUCGCCAUCGAACACCGAGUUGCCGUUCUCGUUCACAAUCUGGACUCUGGCCUGCCCUCUGAUGGCGUAGAUUAUGCUGUUGGCGUUCAGGUUCCAGUGCGGCAGCCUCAUGGCUUCCUGCAAAAACAGAACCACUUUCUAAGAAUGGCUUUCAUUGGGAAUGGAGUUAGAGAAUGCAGAGGGAGAAGCAGUAGGUGUUUACGUUGUAAAGAACGCCCCUUUCGGCGCUGAGCUGGAUCCAACGGAGGACGGGGAGGUUGUGGCUGUUGACGGUGGUGAUUCGGCCGGCUUCAGGAGUGAAAAUGUCUGCUCGUGAGGGGUCUCCGAUGUUCUCCUUCAGCCUCAUGGAGCAGAAGGUCUCUUCCAGGCCGUUGGCGAGAGGCUGGAAGCGUCCGCCACGGCCACCCUGCUGCUGUCUCUCCUCCUGAAUCCUUCUCGGAGGUUGAACAAACUCCAGCUGGCCUUCAACUCGGACGAUGCUGCCUCUGUUGUCAUUUUCGCCCUGCAACUUCCUGGCCAAGCUCUCGUCGAUGUUGAAAGCCUCGGCGAUGAAGCUGGAGUCCAGUCCACAGAAGAGGUUGUUGCAUGAGGUGGAGCCUCCUUGGCGUCUCUUUCGCCUCUCGUCCUGGCCGCGGCUCAGCCUUCCUCCUUGCUGUGAUUC